CCCAGCUGGAUCCAGAAGAUCAGCGACGCUCGCGCGGCCAUGGAGGAGACGGCGGAGUGGGAAUGCCGGGCCAGCGGGCGCCCCAAGCCCUCCUACAGCUGGCUGAAGGACGGCAAGCCCCUGCGGGCCCAGGGGAGAAUUCGGAUAGAGCAGGGGUCACUUACAAUCACAAAUGUGAGCUUGGCAGAUGCCGGCAUGUAUCAGUGCGUAGCAGAAAACAGACACGGUGUUAUUUUUGCCAGUGCAGAACUGAGUGUCAUAGCUGUCAGCCCAGACUUUUCCAAAACCCUCGUGAAGAAGUUAACUCUUGUUAAAGUGGGCGGUGAAGUGAUCAUAGAGUGUAAGCCAAAAGCUUCCCCCAGACCUACUUAUUCUUGGAAGAAAGGAAAAGAUAUCCUACGAGAAAAUGAAAGGAUCACGGUGCUGGAUGAUGGAAGCCUCCGAAUUGUCAACGUGACCAAGUCGGAUGCUGGGAGCUAUACCUGUAUAGCCACAAACCACUUUGGGACAGCCAGCAGCACUGGCAGUUUGCUUGUGAAAGAUCCAACGCGGGUUAUGGUGUCACCUUUCAGCAUGGAUGUCACUGUUGGCGAAAGUAUUGUCUUGCCUUGCCAGGUAUCUCACGACCACUCGCUAGAUAUUUUGUUUACCUGGUCAUUUAAUGGACACCUGAUAGACUUUGAAAAAGAUGGGGAUCACUUUGAAAGAGUCGGAGGGCAGGAUUCAGCUGGUGAUUUGAUGAUCAGAAGCAUCCAGCUGAAGCAUGCCGGGACAUACGUCUGCAUGGUGCAAACGAGUGUGGACAAGCUAUCAGCUGCUGCAGACCUCAUUGUAAGAGGUCCCCCGGGCCCACCUGAAGCUGUGACCAUCGAUGAAAUCACUGACACCACAGCGCAGCUGUCCUGGAGGCCGGGUGCAGACAACCACAGCCCCAUCACCAUGUACGUCGUGCAGGCAAGGACCCCCUUCUCCGUGGGAUGGCAAGCAGUGAGCACAGUUCCAGAGAUCAUCGAUGGGCGGACAUUCACAGCAACAGUAGUGGGUUUGAACCCUUGGGUUGAGUAUGAAUUUCGAGUAGUGGCUGCCAAUCUUAUUGGGAUCGGAGAACCAAGCAGACCAUCAGAGAAAAGAAGAACUGAAGAAGCUCUUCCUCAAGUCACCCCAGCUAACGUCAGCGGAGGUGGAGGGAGCAAGUCCGAGCUGGUCAUUACCUGGGAGACGGUGCCCGAGGAGCUGCAGAACGGCGGCGGCUUCGGCUACGUCGUGGCCUUCCGUCCCUUGGGCACGGUGAGCUGGAUGCAGACCGUGGUGGCCUCCGCCGACGCCUCGCGAUACGUGUUCCGCAACGAGAGCCUGCCGCCCUUCUCGCCCUACGAGGUGAAGGUCGGGGUGUACAACAACAAGGGCGAGGGCUCCUUCAGCCCCGUCACCGUCGUCUACUCGGCCGAGGAAGAACCAACCAGAGCUCCCGGCAGUGUUUUGGCCAGAAGCCUGUCUGCUUCAGACGUCGAAAUUUCUUGGACUUCUCCUCGAGACAAUCCACAUAAAGGAAGGAUACAGGGAUAUGAGGUUAGAUAUUGGAGAUACGAUGAGAAGGAAGAAAACGCCAAAAAAAUCAGAACUGUUGGUAAUCAAACAUCCACAAAAGUCACCAAUUUGCGCGGCAACGCGCUGUAUCACUUGGCAGUCAAGGCGUACAACACUGCCGGCACCGGCCCUGCCAGCGCCACGGUCAAUGUCACAACAAGAAAACCACCACCAAGUCAGCCCCCCGGAAACAUCAUAUGGAAUUCGUCUGACUCCAAGAUUAUACUGAACUGGGAUCAAGUGAAAGCCCUGGAUAACGAAUCGGAGGUGAAGGGCUACAAGGUCCUGUACAGAUGGAACAGGCAGAGCAGCACCUCCGUAAUCGAAACCAACAGGACGUCGGUGGAGCUCUCGCUGCCCGUGGACGAGGACUACAUCAUCGAGAUCAAGCCGUUCAGCGACGGCGGCGACGGCAGCAGCAGCGAGCAGAUCCGCAUUCCAAGGAUGUCCAACGCCUACGCGAGGGGAGCCGGCUCGUCCACGUCCAACGCCUGCACCUUGUCGGCCAUCAGCACAAUAAUGAUAUCGCUCACAGCCCGCUCCAGUUUAUGACAAAAAUUACAUCGAGGACUCCUUGUUUAUAAUAUAAGCAACAUUUAGCUAGCUGUUUUGAAGACACCCAGUACUAAGUAAUAUUGUGGUCUGAGUACAUCUUACUACUGGAAAAA